AUGAGAGCCGAGUUUGAGGAAGCGAGGGAUAAGAUGAGAGCGGAGCUAGACAAGGUGAGGGCAGAGACGAGAUCAGAGCUGAUGACAAGGAUGAUAGAAGAGCUCGGGAGAGGCCUUGCAGAUGGUAAACAGGGCAGAGAAGGCGGUCGUGGAGCUGGAACUAGCAAAGAGCGCGAGACCGCCGAUCCCGCCCCCGGAGUACGUGACGUCUCCGCAGUUGGCGAGGCGAUGCAGUUAGAGCUGAAGAUGGCAAGAAUAGAGGCGGACGGCGUGAGGGCAGAGACGGAAGGGAUGCGAGGCGAAAUGGACAAGAUGAAGGUGGGACCUGGCACUGCUCAAAGCGAGCGGACGCGGCGCGCGAGAUGA